CUCUAUACACUAGAAGAGCUUGUUGCAGUUUUUUCCUCUAAAAUCUACUGGCUAAGAAAUAUAUUAGAAUUAACUGCUUUAUUUUGCUCAUUGUUUUUAUGGCAAAAUGUAAGUUUAGAAUUUUGAAAGGGCAAGAUCUCCCAGGCACUCUCCCGCCCGAACUCACCAGGUUGCGUUAUCUUCAAACUAUUGACCUUUCUCGUAAUUACUUGCAUGGUACAAUUCCGAAACAAUGGGGCUCCAUGAUGAAUAUUAGUAAAAUUGCCCUCCUUGGAAAUCGAUUAACUGGUUCAAUACCAGUGGAGAUUGCAAACAUAUCUACUCUCCGAGUCUUGGAAUUGUGGAACAACCAAAUGUCUGGAAAUCUUCCUCCCGAGCUUGGAAAUUUGACCCAGAUUCAAACACUAGAUAUUUCUUCCAACUAUUUUAGUGGAGAACUACCUGCGACAUUGGCCAAGCUCACUACAUUGCUAGAAUUCCGAAUUGAGGAUAACCAAUUCUCUGGAAAGAUACCUGAUUAUAUUCAGAACUGGACAAGUAUUACAAAACUAAUGAUUCAAGGAAGUGGAUUAAAGGGGCCUAUUCCUUCUGGAAUUUCACGUUUAAGAAACUUAACUGACUUGAGAAUUAGUGAUUUGGAAGGACCUGAAGAUGCACCUAUGCCACAACUUAAUAGUAUGACAAAGCUACACACUCUUGUUCUAAGGAACUGCAACAUCAGUGGAAAACUGCACGAUUAUCUUGGGACUAUGACAUCAUUAAAACACUUGUAAUUGCUUAAUUGCUGCCUUUUAUUUUACUAUAGCCAACCAUUAUAGUUUCUUUUGUAAACUUUGGUAUAUUU